GCUGACGCACGCUUGCGCGCACAGCUGGGUCGGGCGCGUCCUACGCAGCAGCCGCGAGCCGGGGCGGCCGGUGCCAGACGGUUCCGGCGGGGGGCAGGGGCGGGGCGCUGCAGGAGGCCAGGGACUCCCGACCGAGGAGCCCCACGGAGGCCCAUCUGACUCCUGACGAGUUGCCAUGGCAUCCUACUACGACAUCCUAGACGUGCCGCGAAGUGCGUCCGCUGAUGACAUCAAGAAGGCGUAUCGGCGGAAGGCUCUUCAGUGGCAUCCAGACAAGAACCCGGAUAAUAAAGAAUUUGCUGAGAGAAAGUUCAAGGAGGUGGCGGAGGCCUAUGAAGUGCUGUCAGACAAGCACAAGCGAGAGAUCUACGACCGCUAUGGCCGGGAGGGGCUGACUGGGGCUGGAACUGGCCCAUCCCGCGCAGAACCUGGUGGUGGUGGGCCGGGCUUCACCUUCACCUUCCGCAGCCCCGAGGAGGUCUUCCGGGAGUUCUUUGGGAGUGGAGACCCUUUUGCGGAGCUCUUUGAUGACCUGGGCCCCUUCUCCGAGCUUCAGAGCCGGGGUUCCCGACACUCGGGCCCCUUCUUCACCUUCUCUUCCUCCUUCCCUGGGCACUCUGAUUUCUCCUCCUCCUCUUUCUCCUUCAGUCCCGGGGCUGGUGCUUUUCGCUCUGUUUCUACGUCCACCACCUUUGUCCAAGGACGCCGCAUCACGACACGCAGAAUCAUGGAGAACGGGCAGGAGCGGGUGGAAGUGGAAGAAGACGGACAGCUGAAGUCAGUCACAAUCAAUGGUGUCCCGGAUGACCUGGCGCUGGGCUUGGAGCUGAGCCGUCGAGAGCAGCAACAGGCUGUCGCCUCCAGGUCCGGGGGCACACGGGUCCGGCAGACUCCUGCCUCCCGCCCCUCUGACAGCGACCUCUCUGAGGAUGACGAGGACCUACAGCUUGCCAUGGCCUACAGCCUGUCCGAGAUGGAGGCGGCUGGGAAGAAACCCGCAGGUGGGCGGGGGGCGCAGCGUCGACGGCAGGGGCGGCCCAAGGCCCAGGACCGAGAUCCCAGCACAGGGGGGACCCCUGAGGCUGCAAGGGGGGAUGCGGCCAAGCCUAGCCCAUCCCCAGAGGAGAAGGCCUCUCGCUGCCUCAUCCUCUGAUCACCAGGCCCAGACCACCACCCUUUGAGGGUGACCGGGGGUCCUGCUCACUGUCAGGAGCAGAGGGGCAGGGCCUGAGCUGUAGAAGCUCUUCUCCACCUCAGUGCCGCCCCCACGGGUUUCCCUCCCAUGUCCACUCGCACUCCAGUGUGGACUCGGGAUUUGCUCUGCUCAGCCACAGCUGAUAGGUCCCUGGCGAAGCCCAGGGUGGGGAGCCAACAGGGGGCCUCCGGGCAGUGGGAGGGCCUCCCAGGAGCCAGGAUGCACUUAUUCCUACUAGAUGGGGAGUUUCUGAGGGGCAUUAGUGGUUUGGGUCAGGCCUUUUGUGCCCAGGUCUGUGGCCACCUGUGUUGCUGAUGACGUCAAGGAAGGAGGACUUGGCCUGGGGUUCUCUGGGCCGGAGUCGGCAGCUACAGCAGGGAGUCUCCCGUGCUCCUUGUCCAGCUGCAGAUAUCCCACCCUGGUUUCUGUGCAGCGUUGAGUUCUGACAUCUCUGUUGCUUCCCUUCUGGUGCUGCUGCUCCUCCCUCGCUCUCUUCUCUCUGCACUUCCCUGCGGGCCGCAUCGCUUGCUUUCACUGCCAUCUGGCUAGGACUCCCUCCUUCCUUCCCCGAGAAAGCCUCAGUGUGACCAGGAAGAUGCUGUGGCCGGUAGGGCCAUAAGGUCUUCUGGGGAGGCUAGCUGGGUGGGGCGGGAGCCUCUCAUCCAGAUUCGGAACCGGAGCCCACUCCUCCUCCCUUCCUCUUGCUGCCUCAGCCUGCCCCAGGCCUCGGGACUAGGCAGAGGUGAGGCUGGCUAUCCCUGGAGAGGUGGGAUAAGGCCAGGGUGCCCCAGGAGGGAGGCUAAGGAGGGGACCGGACCCCAUCCUACUUCACCAUGCAUCAGGGCUCAGGGAGAGGCCACAGGGCUAGCCCAGGUCUGCAUGCUCAGCUCCGUCCUCCACGGCUUGCUGCUGACCCUGUCUCCUAUCACCCCGCCCCCGCUCUCUCCUCAGAUGUGUUCUGAGCUGGAUGUCCGGGAUCCAGAGCCGCUGCACAGUUCCAACAGGACAGCGCCCUCCCCUGUGCGCUGGGAGGGGACCCACCAUUCCUCUCCCUCACCCAUGCUAAGCGCAGAGCUGGGCCUGGGUGGUGGGUGGGGGCCGGGUGGGAGGCAUCCUUAGUCUUAGCCUGUGAACUCUUCCCUGGGUGUUUGGUGCUGUCUCUUGGGGACUACAAGUCCCAGAAUGCAACACACCCUGCCUCAUUUCUGAUAGAUCAUGCUAGGGGAAGCGGUGAGUGGUUGUGGAGCUGUGCAUAUUGGGACAUGUAGUUCCAGCCCAGGUCGGCUUGUCACUUGCUGUGAGAAGGGGAGAUCUUGUCAUCUGAUUGGACUCUGGCGGGGGUGGCAAGAAUGUGGAUGAAGGGGUAGUGGACCAAGCUUCGGUUCCCCUGACACGGCUUGCUAGCCUCUGGCUUAGAGUGUACAAAUGAAAACCCUGCAGCAUCUGGGAGAGGCUCUUCUGCGCAGUCGGAUCCGAUGGGACGGAUGAGCAGGGCAUGGCCCCAGGAGGCGACUGACAGGCGUGGGCGGGCAGAGAGCUUGGAAGGGGAGGCCACCAGUGUGAGAGAGUGUGUGCGUGUGUGCAUGUGCGUGUGAGCGUGAGAACACGCACGCAUGCGCGUGGCCGGGGUUGGUGUGUGAUGGGUCCUCCGGGCAUGUUGCUGCUUGUAUGGCUUCAUUGGCCUCUAACCCUGCUGCCCAUUCUUCUUCUCCAACACCACAAAUGAGCUGCCUCUCCUCCUCCCUGCCUGGGGAGCCCCGUGGCCAGGGAGGGGAGUGGUGGAAACAGGGUGUUGCCUGCCCUGUGACCCGGCAUCCCAGAGACCUAUCAAAGCCAGCUGGGCUGAGCUCAGACCGAGAGAGAAACACUGGAAGUCAAUAAAUAAAAAUGUUUUGAGA